UCAUUAUCGAGUGCACCCAUUGUAGUUUUAGCGGUUACUGCACAUUAGCUGAUUGUUGGCUUCUUUUAUAGCAAUAUCAACAGCAACUCGCAUUUAUAUAAACAGGGCUUGAUGCACAAACGAUCUGUGGUGUUUAACAGUUAAUUAGGGUGCAUUACGAGGGACGAAAUGAACAGUCGGCUGCAGGAGAUCCGCGAACGACAAAAACUUAGACGGCAGCUUUUAGCUCAACAGUUAGGAGCUGAAAGCGCAGACAGUAUUGGUGCUGUCCUGAACAGUAAAGAUGAAUUAAAAGAGAUAGAAGAGACAAGAGAAACAUGCAGGGCUUCAUUAGAUAGUUUAGCCCCACCCUCUAAAAAGAAGGCACAGACAGAGGGAGAGGACACAGAGGAAGAUGUGGAGGAACAAAAGGAUGAGGUGGAGGUGCAGCAGCCAGAAGAAAGCAACCCAUAUGAAGAGGUGUACAAGGAUUCAAGUACUUUCCUUAAGGGUACCCAGAGUUUGAACCCUCACAACGACUACUGUCAGCACUUUGUGGACACAGGACACAGGCCACAAAACUUCAUUAGAGAUGUUGGCUUGGCUGACCGAUUUGAAGAAUACCCUAAACUUCGAGAGCUGAUCAGACUGAAGGACGAACUCAUCUCCAGCACCAAUACCCCUCCCAUGUAUCUUCAGGCUGAUCCAGAGCACUUUGACCUGCAGGAUUUGAAGUGCAAGUUUGAUGUUAUUCUGCUUGAACCUCCCUUAGAGGAAUACUACAGAGAAUCAGGCAUCAGCCACACUGAACGUUUCUGGACCUGGGAUGAUAUCAUGAAACUGGAGAUCGAGGAGAUUUCAGCUCUACGUUCCUUUGUGUUUCUCUGGUGUGGCUCUGGUGAAGGCCUGGACUUGGGAAGAAUGUGUUUGAGGAAGUGGGGCUUUAGGCGGUGUGAAGAUAUCUGUUGGAUCAAGACCAACAAGAAUAAUCCAGGCAAGACCAAGGCACUGGACCCAAAAGCAGUAUUCCAGAGGACCAAGGAACACUGCCUGAUGGGAAUCAAAGGAACAGUGCGUAGAAGUACUGAUGGUGACUUCAUCCAUGCCAACGUGGACAUCGAUUUAAUCAUCACUGAGGAGCCUGAGAUGGGAAAUGUUGAGAAGCCUGUAGAGAUCUUCCACAUCAUUGAACACUUCUGUUUGGGCCGCAGGAGGUUGCACCUUUUUGGACGAGACUCAACCAUCAGACCAGGCUGGCUGACAGUGGGUCCUACUCUGACAAACAGUAACUUUAAUCCAGAGACUUAUGCCUCACAUUUCGGUUUGCCCAACUCCCACCUAUCUGGCUGCACUGAGGAAAUAGAGAGGCUGCGGCCCAAAUCUCCCCCUGCUAAGCUGAAGUCAGAUCGUGGUGGUGGAGCACCCAGAGGGGGACGUGGUGGGCCGAAUGCAGGGAGAGGAGGAGACAGAGGCCGUGAAAGAAACAGACCAAAUUUCCGUGGGGACAGGGGAGGGUUCAGGGGCAGGGGAGGACCACACAGGGGCUUUCCACCGCGCUAGAGCAAAGAGCUCAUGCCAACCAGACUGAUGCCAGAUCUUCCUAUCUAUAUAACUACAAACUCAUGCUUGUGUGUAAUGCAGUUGGUAUGGUUUGUAUGUGACAGUUGAGAAGUCAGCGAGUAUGAUCAAUCUUUUUGAAACUUUUUGGUUUGUUUAUAUUUUUCAUGGAUAUACUGUACUUGACAUUGAAUGAUUAUUGUCUGAAUAAACAUUCUUUUCACUA